AUAUUGGUGGAGUGAAAAAGAGCAUGAAAAACCAGCAGCAGAAUGCACGAGUCUGUCUGGAAGAACAGGUAGAUGUUGGAAAGUUUUCAACAUAGUUUUGAUAAACGCAGCAAGGGCUUAUACUUGUACCUCCAGAGAUGGCAAGGAACUGUGUCUCUACAGGUGGACUGCAUUGUGUUUGAGAGAUAAGAGAGAGAAACCAGAUCAGAAAUCAGAGAUUGCCUCCACUACUGUUCCAGCAUUAACACUGAACAUUAGACUGAAUGUACAGGUCUGACCAUGCAGCCAACUGGACUGGAGCAAGAAGACUGCUUUGAUUUCUUGUUCAAGAUUAUUCUAAUUGGAGACACAGACGUAGGCAAAACGUCUGUGAUUCAGAGAUUUAAGUCUGGGAACUUCUCUGAGAGGCAGCAGAACACUAUCGGAGUGGACUUCAUUGUUCGCACCCUCAACAUCCAGGGCAGAAAAGUAAAGAUGCAGGUUUGGGACACGGCAGGUCAGGAACGUUUCCGUACCAUCACACAGAGCUACUACCGCAGCGCACAUGCAGCUAUGAUCACCUAUGAUAUCACCCGCAAAUCCACGUUCAACUCUGUACCGCAGUGGAUCCAGGAGAUGGAGCAGUAUGGAGCUGCCAAUGUCCUACUGGCCCUCAUAGGUAAUAAGUGUGACCUGGAGUCUGAGAGACAGGUUGAGUUUAAUGAAGCAUGCAGAUUAGCGAAGGAGGAAGGAAUUUUAGUAGCACUGGAAACCUCAGCAAAGGAAGCUCAGAAUGUGGAUGAAGCCUUCAUCGUGAUGGCACGUGAGCUACUGGCACGCAAUGGACUGGCUGUAAAGGAGGACGGUUAUCGCAUGGAUUCUCCGGGCAUAUUACUGCGUUCCAACACCAAAACGAUAAACAGCCCCACAAACACAGAGGAGAAAAAGGCAUGCGCGUGCUAACACUAGACUCUUUUAGAGUUUGCACAUCUAUCACAAUUUUCGUUCAUUCCAUAUACUAAAAUCUAAGUUGAUCUUUAAUUACGAACAUUGUUUCUUCUCCGUGUCUGACUUCGCCUUACUGUCAUUGGUCAUUUUUUGUCAGGUCAAACUCAUGAUGAUAUUACAAAUGUACGCUUUGUACCCAUCAGACACAAUCUUUUUAUAAGGAUGCAAACCAAAAUACUCCAACAUAAAUAAGGCAAAGCAGACACAGUUAAAGAGGCUCGCCAUGCAUGCUGAUGGCAGAUUUGCUUUUUAGCUGAAAUGUAGAAUUUAGAAUCAGCUGGAUUCUAACUAAAUGCAAAAAAAAAAAAACACCUCACAUGUGUUCCAUAACCUUACCAUUAUAAUAAAUGUGGUUUUCAAGUUUAACCGAGUAUGACCAACCAAAAUAAAAGGUUUCCAGACCAGACAGCUGAACAAGUUUAAAUUGGGUUUACUGUAUAAAUAAAGGAAAUGAUAACACUGAUCAUGGAGGUAUUUGAUUCUCGUACUUCAGUAAUUUGUGUUUUCCAGGUACAUUUUGAUGCAAAUGUUCUUGUAGAGACCACAAAGUGUUACUGUUUCAUGUGUAUUUUCUGGCUGAUCUAUGGACGGUGAUAAGCUAUGUUCAUGUAAUAGGUUUUUUUUUCCAUGUGACUUUCUAUAUUUAGUAUGCAACUGUGCUCUCUGAGGCAAGGUAAAGUGUGUAAACCUCAUCACAUUAGUAACCGUUAGACCUGUUUGCUGUCAGAAUUAAACAGUACAUGCAA